UGGUGAAUCGCGAGGCUAACUACUCAGCACUACUCAGUUAGCAUACAUAUGCAGCUCGAGAUUUAGCAAAUAGCAAGACACGAGUACUGGACGAAUACAGCAAGGAUGUGCUGGCUUUGAGUUAAAACAAGUAUUGUUACUGCACUGCACAGACAUCUCCAGUAAACAUGUCAGGAAUUAAAAGGAAAAUAGAAGGCAAUGACCCAGACUAUGAUGACAUUUCACUGGUUCAAAGUAAUAAGAGAAAUAAAACGGCUGAACAUAAUGCUCGAGAAGCGACUGUACAGAGAAUUGAAAACAUCAUUAGGGAGCAGUUUUCUUUGGAAAUGAAGAACAAAGAGCAUGAAAUAGAUGUUAUAAGUCAGCGCCUAAAUGAAGCCAGGAGAAUGAUGGACAAGCUACGGGCAUGCAUAGUGGCAAAUUACUUUGCCAGUUCUGGAAUAACAAAGCCUCCAGAGCACACCUUGAAAAGUGACCCUGCAGUGUUGAACCAUCCGGCCAUCCGUCGGUUCCUGGAGUCUCCGUCCCGUUCCUCUUCCCCUCUCAACCAGGGCUCGGAAACGCAAUCCCUGGCCCAUUCAGAGUGUGAAUCUCUCUCACAGCAAGGAGACGGCACUGAGAGGAACGGAGAGGGAACGUGGAAAGAGGACGGCGGCAAGCAGGAGCGCAGACCUGGACGAAACACGGGCAAAGACACAUUUGGUGUGCCUUCACCCAUGGACGUAGAGCAGAGGGUGACCUACCACACUACUGGAGAUGAAGCCUCCAGACUCUAUGUUAAGAAGACCAUUGUUGUCGGAAACGUAUCCAAGUACAUCCCCCCUGAUAAGCGGGAAGAGAACGACCAGUCGACCCACAAGUGGAUGGUGUACGUCAGAGGCUCGAGGAGAGAGCCGAGCAUCGACCACUUUGUGAAGAAAGUCUGGUUCUUUUUGCACCCCAGCUACAAACCCAACGACCUGGUGGAAGUCAGCGAGCCUCCCUUUCAUUUAACACGACGCGGAUGGGGGGAGUUUCCUGUGMGGAUCCAGAUCCACUUCAAAGACUCUCGCAACAAACGCAUCGACAUCAUCCACCAGUUAAAGCUGGACAGAACAUACACAGGCCUGCAGACACUGGGAGCAGAAACUGUGGUUGAUGUGGAACUUCAUAGAGAUUCUCUCGGGGAAGACUACAUCCCUAAGCGCUCCUCAUCGUCCAACAAAGCGUCACUUAAAGCAGCCAGCCCCAUGUCGACGCCCUCUCUGGCCCAGACGUACGGACAMCCCAGCUCUCCUGUCUCACAUGAUUUUGGUGCAGAAAAAGGAAGCCCGUCGGCCAAGCAGGCACAAGGCGCCCGCUCUCCAGCGCCUAAAGUUCACACUGGCACUUUCCUCUCGUCGGGGGUCAAGGUUAUUAUCAAGCAGGAGCCUGGGGAAGUUUCAACACAGCAACAGCAGAUGGUUUCCACAGUAACCAGCCAGCAGCAACCUGCUGCUGCCGCUGCUGCGGCGGCCCACCAGUUUGUCACAGUGAAAGGAGGUCACAUGAUCUCAAUGUCGAGUCAGAAACGGACCGGAGAGGCCACAGGGUCCACAACUAGCAAGAUGUUGGGCAUUCCUGUGAGCUCAACGCUUCAGUCUUCAGUGAAACAGGUCGCCAUCAGCAGCGGACAGAUUCUGGUUGCAAAGGGCAGCCCGUCCGUCUCCAAGGUGAUGGCCGGGAAGCAGGUUUUGGCUCAGGGCGUCGCCAAAGCCAUCGUCAGUGGAACUGGGAGCAUCACCGCCCAGCAAGGUGGCGCCAAGGCUGCCGGUGGUUCAGGCGGCAAGAGUGGAGUUAUGGCCACUCUUCAGCUGCCAGCAAACAAUUUAGCCAACCUGGCUAAUUUGCCUCCAGGUACCAAACUCUACCUAACCACCAAUAGCAAGAACCCGUCAGGGAAGGGGAAGCUGCUUCUCAUUCCACAAGGAGCCAUCCUCAGAGCCUCCGGUGCAAGUAAGACGAGUCACCAGUCCCAGAGCGGCCCGUCAGCAGGUGCAAGCAGCUCUCAGAACUCCUCAUCCUCCUCAUCUUCAGGCAGUCURCCUUCAAACCUCUCCUACACGUCUUACAUUUUGAAACAAACCCCACAGGGUACUUUCCUGGUCGGUCAGCCAUCACAGGGAUCAGGGAAGCAGGGCAGUUCCAGUUCAGCAGGUCAAUCUGGAUCAUCUACAGCCACGUCCACCCAGCAGGCUAUCCGGGUGACGGCUGGACAGAAGGCGGCCAUCUUGGCUCAGGUUGUUGGCAGCUCGCAGGGAGCACAGCUGAAGCUGUCCGACGGCUCUGUAAAGACUGUAACAGCAGCGGGAGCGGGUCACAUGUCCAAGCCUGGUACCACCACACUGAGGAUGACGGGGGGAGUCAUCACAGCUGCUUCCUCCACUCCUGUUAGUGCAGCAGGGGCAGCAGCAAGUCAACAGCAGGCCAMUGAUGGCGGGAAGCCUGCCUCUCAGCCCCACUCACUUCUGGUGUCAGCCAACCAAGCAGCAGUCAUCAGUGCAGCCAAGAGCUCCAGCGCAGCCGGAGGCGGCGGCCUGUCCAAGGCAGCGGUUGCCUCUUUGGUCAAAGGAGCUGCCACUGUGACGAAGAGCGCUGCGAGUUCCAGCGGGGCGGUCGUGACGCUUGCUAAAGGGGUCACAAAUAUGCCUGUCAUCAGCAUGUCCAAAGGAGCAGGAGUGGGCGCCAUGGUGGGUGUGCCCAAAAGCAGCAGCACGCCGUUAGUUUCUGCAUCGUCGUUAGUCGGCGGGGUGGCAACUGGAGGAGGAAAGACGAGUGCUGCACUGUCAGGUAUGCUGAAGAUUCACUCUGCAGGCUCCAGCUCCCAGCAGACAGUCUUAACAAUCCCUGCUAACCAGCUGAAGCAGCUGGGAGUUGGCUCUGGUUCUGCUGGGCUGCAAACCAUAUUCAUGCCUGUUGGUAAAGUGGUGUCUAAAGGCCCAGUCUCCAACACUCUCUCCUCCUCCUCCUCCUCUUUGUUGACACCCCAUGGAGCUGCUGCAGCAGGAGCCGCCCCAAACGCCGCCAGCCAGGUGCCCUCCUCCCUCGUCCCGCCUCUGGCACAAGUGAAAACGGAACCAAGCGUUGGUCCUGCCAUCACAGCCGGACCGUCGACGCCGGUCUCUACGCCGGCUCCACCCGCAGCCCAUGUCCCUUCUGCAGCUACUGCUGUUAAGCAGGAGCAAGGCGCAGACACCUCUGCACACGAUCUGAUCAACACCGAGCACAUAGAAACAAUGAUGCAGCUGCUGACUGCUGUAGUGAAGAAGUUCCCUCUGAUUGUACCAGAUAAAACCGAAGACUCCCAUCCAUUUUGUGCCUCUUCGGUAGAACAGUAUUACUCCUGGAAUAUUGGCAAGCGCAGAGCAUCAGAGCUCCAACGWGCCGUCGCGGUGAAGCGGGUCGUGCAGGACGUGCUGGACCGCUCGCCCCGCCUGCAGGCCCUCACACCGCCAAAGACCAAAGAGGUCGUGCAGUGGUGCCGGCAGAGGGGUUACACUCCACCUGACCCAGAACCCCAGCACAGGAAUGACGACGAGUCCAUCGAGGACAUUCUCACGCAGAUCGAUAACGAACCYGAGUGCCCUUCGACCCUCAGCAGCUACAACGAGCUGCUGCUGCGGCUAGAGCAGAUGCAAGCCUUGCUGAAGACCGAACCCGAAGAGGAAGACGAUGAAAUCGUCGACAUUGUCACAAUGACUCCUCCCUGCCAGAAGYUGAAGGUCAAAGAAGAGGAGCAGGAAACUGACGUGGAGCCUAAGUUUUUCCUCGGCCCCUGCAUAUCCUCUCAGUUCGUCAGCGAAACGGCCCAGCAGAUCGGGGUACUAUUUCAACCAGUGGAAGUGGAGAAGAGCGUGUUUGCUCCAGUAAUCGAAGCAAUGAUUUUGAAGGCUACGGAGCAGUUUGCCAGCGACAUCCUGAGAGAAGCUCUGGCAGGGGCCCACGCUAAAUCUCCUCCAAACAGGCCGCCGAGAGAGAUCACCGCCAUGAACAUCCACCAAGCAGUCAGUAGCAUCCCCACCUGUGACUUCCUCACUAACGCACACAUGGGCUACYUGACAAAGGACAACUGAGGACAGACACRACUGGACUUUGGCUUUUAAGCAGACGYGCUUGGACGGGAUGGGGGACAGUCAGAACCACGAGCCAUGACGAAGAUUUCUUGUUGUGAAUAUCGGCGUCCAAAUGCAGUCCCGUUGCCUGAGGAGGCGCAGCAACAGCUGAAGCUCUGAGUUUCUGGACUAAAUGACAAGAAGGGGCUCAGCUUGCUCCUCAGUGCCUGGUGCUCAGCUGCAGAGUAACUAAUGUCUUUAAUACUUUGUAUUGUCACCUUUUAUUUCUGUUUGGAAAGAAGCCACAUCAUGCUGCUUGUGUUAUUUAAUUUAGCCUCGCUGUUGCGCUCUCUUGUACCUCACAACAUUAUUUCAGUGAUGAAGUGUUGGCGCAGAGGAGGGAGUCGUCAUGAGGGAAAUAAACCCUGUGUGAAUUAUGGAACUACUCGUUGGGUUUGAUGCGCUUUUUCAGCUGCGGCUCACUGCGGUUUAGGAGCUGUGAUGAGGGCCUGCUUGUUCCCUUUGUACGUACUUUCAAUCUGAGCGGUUCUCCCAAAGGUGUUGGCUGCUAUGGCAACCAGCGAUCGUCAUAAUCAUCAGAAAUUCGCCGUAUCUUUUUUAAUGCAUUUCAGUGUUACCCAACCAGCACAAGUAAUUAUGAACAUUGCAGCAGUAAAAUACAGGAAUUCACUGUUUGCUAAGGAUUUUUAACAUGUUCUGGAAGCCUGUCAUGUCUGACCUUUGACACUAAAUGAAUGAUUGUCGUCGUGACUUGAUGGUAAUUCACACAUAAGGUUUUGCGACCCGUUUUUAAGUGUUCUGUUUAACAACCGUUGUCAUAUUCAUCAUGGUGUGUAUGACGCACACCAGUCAGCCACAAAAGUAAGACUACUAACAGGUGGCAUAACUAUUAUGAGUCACCCAGGUAACCUUCAAUUCUUCUUUUCAUUUUUACGUUURGUUGCUAAGCAGAGGUGAUGAUAAAGUAAUGUGGAAUUAGGCACACCUCGUCAACAAGGACCUAAAAUAAUUAGUCUAAUAGUUUCCAUGUCCUGGCUGACUGAUAKGCAUAAMCAGUCAGUCAAUUAUAAGUUCCUAAAGUGUUUUUUUYCCUUUUUUUCUCUAGCAUCAACAUUUUAAUAUUUAAACCCCAACAGUGGUGUGUGUGUGUKUGUUGUCCUGGUGUAAAUGAAACUAAUGGUGAGUACUGUUAUGUGAUUGUCAUUUUAUACAAAUAGGCGUGUUUUACUGAGCUUUUGUAUGACUGGAUAAGCAAAUGUCGUUAUGACUUAAUGGAUUAUAAUGCCUGUUUAACCAAAUGGAAUUAGUGUGCAAGAUACCUAAACACUGUAAUGUUUUUUUUCUUUGCAAACCAAAAAUAUGAUCAAUAUUCUUAUAAUAAACUAAGUAAAAAUAUUUCUUGAAAUCUA